GUCAGCGGGACGCGAUAAGCCAAGCCUACGGGAAAGUUCCGAAGUUUUAUGCCAGAGUUUCAGAAGUAACUGAUGAUGCGUGAAUAUCAUAAAUAUGGAUCGUGUUCGUCGUGCCGUCCUCUCCCCCUCCACUCCUAGGAGCCGAGCCAUGGACAAAUAUGAGCAACUGGCCGUUGUGGGCGAAGGCUCUUACGGUGUGGUAUUAAAGUGCAGACGCCGAGACACAGGCCAGCUCGUUGCUAUCAAGAAGUUCCUGGAGACAGAAGACGAUGUUGCUGUCAGGAAGAUGGCGCUGAGAGAGAUAAGGAUGCUAAAGAAACUUCGCCAUGACCAUCUAGUGAACAUGCUCGAAGUUUUUCGGCGAAAACGUAGAUUUUACUUAGUAUUUGAAUAUUUGGAUCACACUCUGCUGGAUGAACUGGAGGCUUGCCCCGGCGGCCUGGGUGAAGAUACUGCUAAGAAACACCUGUACCAGCUGCUUAAAGGGAUCGAUUAUUGUCAUCAGAAUUCGAUAAUCCACCGUGACGUUAAACCGGAAAAUGUUUUAGUUUCUAAUAACGGUAUCGUGAAAUUAUGCGAUCUUGGAUUCGCAAGAGCUCUAGCUGCGCCCGGCGAGCCCUACACGGAAUAUGUCGCCACGAGAUGGUACAGAGCUCCAGAGCUACUGGUCGCUGAACACAGAUACGGACCUGAGGUGGACAUUUGGGCUAUCGGCUGUCUAUUUGCGGAGAUGUUGACCGGUGAUCCGCUGUUCCCGGGUGACUCGGACAUUGAUCAAUUAGCGCUGAUUAUAAAGACCGUUGGUAAACUUGCACCUCGUCACCAGCAAGUAGUAUCUCGGUUGUCAGGCGGCGCGGCGCUGGCGGCUGUGAGUGGCACGCGGGGCACGUUGCCCGGCGCCGCGCACGCCAAGGACCUGCUGGCGGCGUGCCUGCGCACCGAGCCGCGAGCGAGGCCCGCCGCCUCGGCCCUUCUAAGACACAAAUAUUUUUUAGUUGAUGGUUUUGCGGAGAGUUUCAGCGUCGAACUCAAGAAAAAAUUGGGCAAAGAAAUUGAAACACCAGCCGCUCACGUUCCACCACGAGUCGUAGGAAAACCGCGUCAGCAAUGGACGUUAAAUAUUAUAGCCGAUCACAGCAGAUCACGGACGAGCAGCACCGCGGGUGAAUCACUAAUAGAUUACAACUACAAUCCAAGUACAGAAAUACAAAUGGAAACAGGUCCUUUUGAGAAGAAAGCGCCGCCAUCACACACCACGCAGGAAAAUGAGGGCUCUUUACACUCCGUCACGAACACGACGAACACGACGCACACGGGAGCCGGAGGUUCGGUUACGGGCGCGCGGUCGACGUUGCCGCGGUCAUUGGCGCGCGCGAUUGAUGAAACAUUCCAGACAUUUCCCGUACCCGUCAACACGUACCCACGGACGCCCUACAUUAAGAAAGUAAAUAGCAAGUUAGUAAUGGACGAGGAACUCUUGCGCGGUCGAGCCGCUGCAAAGAAAGCUUCUAAGAAAAUGACGCCUGAUUUUUCUCUACCUUAUGUUCCUGGAGCUAGCAAUAGCCCAGUUAAGAAAGCCAAAAAGCCACCUCCGUAUAACACCAAGUCUUAUGACGUGUGGGAUCAUACUGUAACACCAAAUUCAAGAACACCAACGAAUCUUCCGUAUAUGUGACUAUAUGGACACGGCUUGUGGAGAGCCAGCCACUAUUAAAAUUACAGUUCUGAAAAACAUUUAAAGUUUAUUCGAAAUUAAAAAAUAAAUUUGAAAAUAGAAC